AUGAAAGAACACGAGCAUCUAUCUGAGAAGGCCCACAAAUUUCUCUCCCCUACUAAUGCUAAACCUGCCCGCUUCUAUCUCCUCCCCAAGAUCCAUAAACCUGGCAACCCUGGUCGACCCAUCCUCUCAGGCAAUGGUUCCCCAACAGAGAACGUCUCCCUUUUUGUUGAUUACCACAUUAAACCCCUUGUCUCACGUGCACCCUCUUACAUCCACGACACCAUAGACUUUCUCAGGAAACUCAAUGACAUCAAGGACCAGAUACCCGAGACUGCGAUCAUUGGCAUUUUGGACGUUUCUCCACUGUACACCAAUAUCCCCCACGAUGAAGGUAUCCAAGCAUCAUGUGAAGCCUUGGCCGCCAGUGGCCAUUCCAGUCCCCCCAUAUCCAAUAUCAAAUCUCUGAUGUCUCAUGUACUAACAAAAAACAACUUCACUUUCAUGGACCAGCACUAUCUACAGAUAUUCGGCACAGCAACGGGCACCCGGAUGGCUCCUUCAUUCGCCUGUCUCUUCAUGACCAAGCUGGAACAGCAGAUGUUAGAUUCCGCCCCCUGUCGCCCAUGGAUUUGGUGGCGUUACAUAGACGACAUUUUCUUCAUCUGGACCAGGGAGGAAGAUAGCCUCCACACAUUCAUUGACCACAUCAAUUCCUUCCACAGGACCAUCAAAUUCACUUCUGAUUUCUCCCAACAGGAAACCCACUUCCUUGAUGUCACAGUCCAGAAAAAGCCUAACGGUAUCACCACUACCCUGUACACUAAACCCACAGAUACCCACCAGUACCUCCACUCAUCCAGCUGCCACCCCCGUCACUGCAAAACCGGCAUCGCUUACAGUCAAGCCCUCAGACUUCGCCGUAUCUGCUCCGAGGACCCUGAUUUUUCCUUCCAUACCAGGAAUUUGCAGAAACAUCUCUGUGCCAGAGGCCACGGGGCCAGGGCAGUCCAACUGGCAAUCAACAAAGUUCGUUCUCUCCCUAGAUCUGAAGUUCUCAAACCUAAAAGUGACAAGAAGACUACCGACAGAAUACCACUUGUGACCACCUUCCAUCCCAAUCUACCCCCUCUCCGCAAAAUCCUGUUUGAUAACCACCACAUUUUACACACUUCUGAUCGUCUCCAACAGGCCGUUCCCGAUACUCCCAUUCUAGCAUACCGACGCCCACCGAAUCUCAGGGACCUCAUUGUUCGUGCUGAAUUGCCCUCCCUCACUAACCAUUCUUCUCCCAUACAGCAUGGCACCUUCAAAUGCACCAGCAACAGGUGUAUUAUAUGUGAAAUACACAUUCACGAGGGCGACACUCUCACCAGCAACUCUACCAGCCUUUCUCACCGAACCAAGGGCAACAUCACUUGCACUACCACUAAUGUUGUAUAUCUCAUCACUUGCAGAGUUUGUAGGGUACAAUACGUAGGGGAAACCAAGACCACACUCAAGAAACGAUUCUACGGGCACAGAUCCACCGUCAACACAGCAAAGCUGGACACUCCAGUUGGCCGCCAUUUUAACCUUCCCACCCACUCCAUCACUGACAUGAUGCUACAGGGCAUCGAAUCUUUAGGUACCCGUCCUGACUCAGUCCGUACUAGCAGAGAGAAGUUCUGGAUGAGACGACUUCGCACCAUCCAACCUCAUGGCCUGAACAUCCAAGAGGGGAACGACUGA